UGUACCGUUCCUUCUGUGAAAGCACAGUUCUUUCACUCGUAAACCUCUGCUUUGUACUAUUGUGUACUUUUAAACCAGAGCGUUGUAAUAUUUGUAUUUUGUGUGAAAUACGUUCGAAGCAUUAAAUAUUAGCGUGAAUUUACAUAGAACGAAUUGUUAAUAACAAUUCCCAGAAAGAAAUAUUGUAAUAGUUCCACUCGUAUUGCUGCUUCAUGUUCCAUCAUGAGUGACUAUUCAGCGGUUGCUCCGCCUCAAAAUUUUAGCCAAAGCUCCGCGUUUGCGGCGGCUUUGCAACGUGCAAAACAAAUAGCUGCUAAGAUUAAUCCUGCUGGUGCUCAAAAUAAUCAAGAUGCCAAGUUAAAGCGUCCUCUUGAAGACGGCUCAGUUAUCCUUCCAGAACCAGAAGCAAAGAAAAUGGCAUCGUUAGUAGCAGAUCCCUUAAUUGGACUUCGUGGUCCACCAGGAAGUAAUUCAUUAGGAGAUUCAAGUAGUCAAGGUGGAAGAUCAGGACCAACAGGAUCAUCCUCAGGACCAAUUGGGAAUGUAGGAGGUAUUUGUAAUGAAGAUAUCAGAGUUCCAGAUAAAAUGGUUGGUUUGAUAAUUGGCAGAGGUGGAGAACAAAUAACAAGAUUGCAAAGCGAAACAGGAUGUAAGAUACAGAUGGCACCAGAAAGUGGUGGGCUACCUGAACGUGUUUGCACAUUAACUGGCUCACGAGAAGCUGUCAAUCGAGCUAAAGAAUUGGUACUAUCAAUUGUCAAUCAGAGAAGUAGAACUGAAGGAAUUGGCGAUAUGAAUAUGAGUGGGAAUAACAGUGGUAUGAUGGGACAUCCCGGAUUUGUCGAAAUAAUGAUUCCUGGGCCUAAAGUUGGUUUAAUUAUUGGAAAAGGGGGAGAAACGAUAAAACAACUUCAAGAGAAAUCUGGAGCUAAGAUGGUUGUUAUUCAAGAAGGACCUUCUCAAGAACAAGAAAAACCUUUGAGGAUAACGGGUGAUCCACAAAAAGUUGAAUAUGCCAAACAAUUAGUAUAUGAAUUAAUAGCUGAAAAAGAAAUGCAAAUGUUUCAUAGAGGUGCAAGAACUAGCGAUAGGAGCGGAAGUUAUUCAAAUGAUAGCAGUUUCAAUCAUGGUUCUGGAGGUGGCGGCGGCGGCGGUAGCGGCGGCGGUGGUGGAGGAGGUGGUGGUGGAACCACCGAUGGAGUAGAGGUACUUGUUCCGAGAGCAGCGGUAGGCGUUGUCAUUGGUAAAGGAGGAGACAUGAUAAAAAAAAUACAGGCGGAAACUGGUGCAAGAGUUCAGUUCCAACAGGGAAGAGAAGAUGGUCCCGGAGAUAGAAAAUGUAUAUUAUCUGGGAAACAUCAAGCUGUAGAACAAGUUCGUCAACGCAUUCAAGAACUCAUUGACAGUGUAAUGAGAAGAGAUGAUGGUAGAGGUAACAUGGGAGCAAGAAGUGGUGGUCCGCGAGGCAAUGGAUUUGGCGGCAAUCGUAAUCCAAAUGAAUACGGAGGUUGGGACAGACGUCAGGGAGGACCUAUGCAAGAUAAAGUAGAAACAACAUUUACUGUCUUAUCGUCAAAGUGUGGUAUUAUUAUUGGAAAAGGCGGCGAAACUAUUAAGCAAAUAAAUCAACAAACUGGGGCUCACUGUGAAUUGGAUAGAAGAAAUCAAAGUAAUGAAAAUGAGAAAAUUUUCAUAAUUCGUGGCAAUCCUGAGCAAGUUGAACAUGCAAAAAGAAUAUUUAGUGAAAAAUUAGGCAUGGCACCGGCUAACCCAUCGUUUACUGGCGCACAAGGGGCAAUCGGAUAUAACCCAACCUGGAAUACUGGAACAGCUUAUCAAGCAUGGCCAAAUCAACCUCAAACAACCGAUACAAAUGCAGGCAACCAAGCACCUGUUCAAGUAAAUCCACAAACAGGACAACCGGAUUAUAGUGCGCAAUGGGCGGAAUAUUACAGAUCGCUCGGUAUGCAUAGAGAAGCAGAUAUGAUCGAGCAACAAGCGAAACAAGGAAAACAGGAUCACAAUCCACCAACAGGGAAUCCUCCGAAUCAACCUAACCCUACAACAGCUGGUAAUUCUGGACCAGCUCCACAACAGCAACAACCUCAACAACCACAGCAAACGGGAGCUACUCAAAAUGGAGGUCAAGCCGACUACAGUGCACAAUGGGCAGAAUACUAUAGAAGUAUUGGUAAAAUAAAAGAAGCAGAAGCUAUAGAAGCUCAAAUGAAAGCGGGAAAGUUGGGAAUGCAGAACAAUCAAAUGGCUCAACAACAAAUGCAACAGAGCAUGCAAGGUCAAUCAGGUCCACCGGGCGGUGCUCCUAACGCGUUUCCACAAACUUAUGGUAGUUAUCCAACAAUAAAUCCUGGUUCAACUCCGACGGGGUAUUACGCAGCAGGGGCUGGAUCUGCCACCCAACCACAAGCUGGUCAACAAAAUCCAUCUUUCCCCGGGGGCUAUCAGAACUAUCCUUAUUCGCAAACGAAUACAGAAAGUUAAACUUCCAUCAAGGAAAACAUAAACUAUAGUUUUCAGAUAGUUUCCCAAUGGGAUGUGGUUAAUGCCUGCUGUAACUUCAUACACUGUUUACAAUAAAUUACGAUAGUUGAUCGCUUCGCAAAACUCAUAAAACUUUGAAAAAUGCCACUAGAACCGACUAUGUUCUAUUUAUACUAUAAUAUUUUGUGUUUUUUUUAUAUACAAAGACAUAUAUACAUAUUGUAGGAUACUCAUGGUUUUAAUUUUAAGUAAUGAAAAGUGCCCGAAGUUUAUCAUUAUAAUAUAAUAUCGACAUGAUGUCUACUUGUGUUCUACUUAUAGUAUUGUAUGUAUUUUUGUUCCAUAACACCUGAUUGUAACAUAAAUUGAAACUGACAGGUGAAGCAGCAGGUCAGAAACAGGAACGGGGAAUCUACAACAAUAUCCAUAUUAUUAUGCUUCCCAUUUGUCAUAAAAAGUACUAAAAAUUAUCUUUAAAAAUGUAUUGAUAAGAGAUACAUCUAGAACUUAUUUCAAUAUGUCAUUAUUUAUGUUUCACUGUCUCAUUCAUGAAACAUUUGUCUUUAGAAGAAUAGAAAAUCUUUAUAGCGUAAAUGGCUGUACAGACAGCCAAUAUUCGUUUUUAUUGUCUAUGAAUUGUUUGAUCUAUUAUGUAUGCAAGAGAAUAUGAUACACGUAUGAUGGUCUACGUACACGCAUAUACUAUUAUAACAAUACUAAAUACAAUUUUACCUUGGUU